ACAGGUGGCAGUGCGACAAUAUGGCUGCCAAAGUAAAGUUUAACAGGCUAGAAUCAGAGAUUGAAAGGUGCCGAGCGGAAAGCUCGUGGUUAAAGGCACUGGAAGUUGCUAAACAACUUGCAAAUAAGCACCAGCAUUUAGAUUUUUAUAUGAGUUUUAUGAGUGCAGAAAGCACGUUAGAAAAUUAUGUGAAGGAGAACAUACCUCUAGAGAAGAACCACGACAAAGCCGGUGAGCAGCUUAAUGAGGUGGAGAGAAUUCUUUCCAAUAUAGCCAACAGCAUCAACAAGUUGUCAUUUGAAGCCAAACUUCUACUAGCAAAGCUGUACUACUGCAGAGGUUCAUAUGAUGAGGCAUUAGGUAUAUACGAUGGGAUAGAUUUAGACAGUGUCCCCUCUCAAAACAUGGCACCACGCGUGCUCCAACUGCUGGCUGAGUCCUAUUCUAUCAAAGGUGCAUGCUUGGAAUCCAAAGGCCCCAGCACUACAAGUAAAUUCAAAGCUGCUGAACAGGAAAAACUUGUACUACAGUGCUAUGAGACAGCGGGAGAUUUAGCUCUUUUGUACAUCCAGGAGAGAGAGAGAAUGACCCAGAACAAUUCAUCCGGGGACGAGGAAAUAGACAUCCUCACAGAAAAUGCAAUCAAACAGUCACCACUGAUGUACAUUAAAAUGGGUAACAUCAAACAAGGAGUCGGAAGAUUCAGGGAACUGCUCAGAGUUGUAGAAUCUAGAUUCACCCAAAGUCUUCGUCAGGCAUUAGCAAGGCAGUUAGCUGAAGUAUUAAUUCGGGGCAUGUGUGAGACGACUUAUAUCCCAAUAGAUGUUAGCCAUUCCAAAUCAAAGCAUUCACAUCAUCAACUUCCCAGGAAAUACUCAGGAGAAAAUUUAUUUAUUCCAGGUGAACUUCAUGAAGAGGCGUUAUUACUCCUUGUUGUGUCGGAGGCAAUUGCAACAAGAGAGGCGGUGUUGAACCGAUCUGAGGAAUACCAAGAAGAUCGCCAGAUCAGCUACGAAAACACAACUGCUGUGUACGAUCUGUUGGCCAUUACACUGGUCAAGUGUACACAAUUCCACAAACUGGCAGAUUCCUUUGAGAAAGCCAUGCGAUUUUCCUUUGAAGAAUUCCAUAUCUGGCAUCAGUUUGCAAACACACUGAUUUGUGCAGGAAAGUAUAGCAGAGCUUUACAUGUUUUGAAAGAGUGCUCCAGGUUGAAACCUAAGAAUACUGUGGUGUUACUGCAAGCAGCCAAGUUAUGUUUUGAAUGUCUCCACCUUUACAAUGAUGGAAUAAAUCUAGUCCAACAGGCAAUCGACAGCUGCUCCGAUAGCCACCCUCUGCUAAGUAAAUUGUAUGUUGCUAUGGGUACAGGUUACAGUCUAAAGGCCCAGGGCACCAAAUUACAAGGAGACCGAUACACAUUACACAAGAAAGCAUUAGAAACCUUCAAAAGGGCUCAUGAACUGGAUCAGAAUGAUUAUCUGGCAUUGUUUCAUUUGGCAUUACAACUAGCACUACAACGACAGAUUAGUGAAGCAAUAAGGUAUGUGAAGAUGUCCCUGAGACACAAGAAUGAUUACAUCCAUUCGCUGCAUUUGCUGGUGCUCCUGAUGACGUCAGAGAAAAAAUAUGAAGAGGGCAUGGCUCUGAUUCAGGCAGCACUCCAGGAAUAUCCAGACAACCUCAGUCUCAUGCUAACCAAGAGCAAGCUGGAGGAGGUUCUCCUCGGUCCAGAGUAUGCCCUCAGCACAUGUCGACAAAUGCUGGAGCUCUGGAAGGACCUCUACGAAACUGACGUGGAUGACACUUCAUCUGAGAGGAAAUACAGAACCCUGACAUCCAACGACAGAUCAACAUUUGAUAAAAGAAGUUUUGCCCAGCUUCAGUUAAAUGAAUUAAAUGACAGAGACACAGGGUCCUUACGAGCAGAGUCUGUGGCUGCCUCACGGGUGGAGCAGACCCUGUCGGAGGUUGCCUCCUCUCUGGGGAGCACCUUUCAAUCUCGCCCAGGGUCCCAGGAAACCUGGCUUCUACAAGCCCAGAUCUGGCUUCACCUAGCUGAACUGUACCUAAGACUAGACAAGAUAACAGAGGCUGAGGGAUGUGUGCAGGAGACGUCCUCUAUCUUCCCCCUCUCUCAUCACGUAGCCUUCAUGAAAGGACGAGUCUAUGAACACAAGCAUAAGUACGAAGAGGCCAAGUGUUGCUACGAGAAUGCUUUAUCCAUCAAUCCAGCUCACACCAAGUCUCUCCAACAUUUGGGAAUGGUGUUGCAUAGACAAGGAAACAACGAAAUGGCAGAAAAGGUUUUGCGAGAGUCUGUAAACGUGGACCCAACAGUGCACCAAUCCUGGUUUCGCCUUGGGCUUGUCUUGGAGAGCCUCGGGCAGGCUGUGGCUGCCAGUGAGUGUCACAUGACCUCCCUGGGCCUGGAAUCCACCAGUCCUAUCGUGCCCUUCAACGUGAUUCCACACAUGUUGCAGUAAUGAGCCAAUCACAAUCAACUGUUUCCAUAGUGCAAUAAUCUUCUAUUGUGAUACAUGUAUUUACUACGAUGAAUGUACUCUGAUACAGAGGCCAUUUUAGUAUGUAGUGCUAAAUGUGAUAUAUUUGUGGUUCACUUGGGAUAUUUGUUUUAAUUUUAGCUCGCCAGGACGGUUGUCCGGAGAGCUAUUGUCGUGACACCAGUCUCAGUAUCACACUUAAAGGGGAAAACUUUAACCUUGGCUACAUUUUUGAACCAAAGGGGAUAGGGCUUUAACAUUUCACAGAGAGAUACCCCACAACCAGACAUUUUGUGUGGUACCUAAUGACCUUGGAUGGACUGACUUUUCAAAAACUUUAACCUCUGCAAUAUUUUUUAUUUUUUAACCAAGGAGAAUAGGGCUUUGAUAUUUCACGUAUAGAUGCCUCAUGACCAGACCUUUCUUUUGGUACAUGUACCAAGACUUUUGACCUUGGAAUUUGGUUUACUUUUCAUAAUCUUUUACAUUGGGUAUAUCUUUUGAAAUUUGGGGGGGGGGGGGGGGGGGGGGGGGUGUAAGUAUGUCACACUUCCUGGUGAGCUAUGUUGUUUCCUGACAAUUGUUGUUUUGCUGUAAACUAAGGAGUAAUUGUAUGAAGUUUUUUCUGUCGAUACAUGUAGCUAAUAAAUUUGGAAUAAUAGGAAGUAAUCCAUGUAUCUGUAGCGUAAUGCAUGUAUUUUAUAUGUUGUUCAUUAAAUGUAAGACUUGGGGCAUUACAUACUAGUAUUUCUUCAAGAAAUCACGUAUUGUAACAUAUACUGUCUCUGUAAUGCUGAGAUUUUUUUGUACACUUGAAAUACUUUUUCUUUUAUCUUAAUCACUGUUCAAACUUUAUAUUUUUAACAAAAUAUAUGUGGAGGAAAUCAUUGUAAUUUGACCACCAACUUCUGUUCAUUCCAAGAUUGUAAACAAUAUCAUUGAUGAAUGUCAAGUAAAACCAGGCCGAGGAUAUUCAUGACCGUUGUGUUCCAGAUCAUAACCAAUCAUAUUGCAUUCCUAUUUCUUUGAGUUUAUUUUUAAUAGGACAUCAAUGUAAUGUUGAUGCUAGCCUAAUUACAUGCAUGCAUACUGUAUAAAUUCCUAGAUAUAUGUGAGGAAUUUGUUAUCGUGUAAUUAAGAAUAAGUGAGAAGUACCACUCACAAAAUAAAAUUACAUGCUCUU